AUGGGAAAGUUCAGCACGUACAGGUACUUAGAGUUAAUAGAUGAUUCCUCAGCCCCACAUAUCAACGUUAGAAGUAGAGCAAUAAAGAACCCUAGAAGAUUGAAGAAAGUGUUUAUAUUCCUCAUUAUAUUGGCAAUAUUUGUUACAUAUUUCUUGGGGUUAUUUGCUGGCCAGUCGCAAUGGUUGGACGGUCUCGCCAAGACGCUUGGAUACGAGAGCGUGUAUCACCACGCGGUUAUAAUCGAUGCCGGCUCUUCGGGUUCCAGGGUCCUUUCUUACAAAUUUCGAGUACCUUUUACAGUAUUUGGCCGAGCUAACUUGGACUUAGUAGAUGAAUAUUUCGAACAGUCGAAGCCUGGAUUGUCGUCAUACGCCGACGACCCAGAAAAGGGCGCGGAUACUAUAGUGCAAUUAAUAAAAAAGGCGGAGUUUCUCACUCCACCAGAGAAGCGUCGUAACACUAUGCUCAUAGUGAGAGCCACUGCAGGGCUAAGGUUGCUCCCCGCUGAUAAGGCACAGCAGCUGAUCACACAUGUUUAUGCAGCUAUAUCGAAGUUAGGCUAUGAUGUUGGUCCCGACAGUGUCAAGAUCAUGGAUGGUUCCGACGAAGGGAUCUUCAUUUGGUACACCGUCAAUCUGUUACAUAAUCUUAUGGGUGGCGACACAAUGGCUGCAUUAGAUUUAGGCGGGGGCUCCACACAGAUCACGUACCAGCUGAGCGAAGGGGACUACCCGCUGUACCCGGCCAACGACCAGUACGUCGUGGCAGCGGGGAACAACAUCACCUUGUACACACACAGCUACCUGAACCUCGGACUUCUAGCCGCUCGUUACGGCGUGUUCCGUAUGGAAGCCGAAGACAAUAACACGUCAGAGUUCGUUUCAAUUUGUGUCGAUCCCAUCGUACAAAAAGAGUCCUGGACUUAUGGCAAUAAACAAUAUUCCAUCAGUGGGGCCAAACGUGAGAACAGUAUGAAGCGCAUGACGGUGUACAAGGCGUGUCACGCGCUGGUGAAGCGCUACGUGCUGGCGACGCUGGACUGGGAGCCGCCGCACGCGCCGCGCGGGACUCGCGCCGCCAUGAGCUACUUCUACGAGGUCGCCGCAGACGCUGGCAUCAUAGACGUGAUGACGGGUGGAGUGGUGACGGUGUCCGCUUACCGCUCGAGCGCGGUACGCGCUUGCUCGGCGGCCAACGUGGAGCAGCCCUGGGCCUGCAUCGACCUCGUCUAUAUCGUCAGUCUUCUGCAGGACGCGUACAAGAUCGGGGACAACGAACCUAUCUCAUUAUUCAAAAAAAUAAACGGUCACGAAGUGUCUUGGUCGCUAGGCCUGGCUUACACCAGCGUCAUGAACAAACUGGCGGCUGCAGAGCCCUAG